AUGGCAAGUCGAAAAGCAAUUGAUGACUCUUCUGAAUCUAUUUCUCUGGUACAGCUUACAAAGACUGCCAAUCUGGCUGAAGCCAAUGCUUCCGAGGAAGACAAAAUUAAAGCAAUGAUGCUGCAAUCUGUCCGUGACCAUGACCCAGUCAAUUACAUGAAGAAAACUCUGGUAGGUGUGCCACCUCCAUCUUACAUCUGCCUUCGUUGUGGUAAACCUGGUCACUCUAUUAAGAAUUGCCCAACAAAUAGGGAUAAGAACUUGGAAUCUGGUCGCAGGAUCAAAAAGUGCAGUGGAAUUCCUAGGAGUUUUUUGAUGGAAGUGAAAGAUCUGAACAUGAAAGGCGCAAUGCUUACACACACUGGGAAAUAUGUAAUACCGACUAUAGAUGCAGAGGCUUAUGCAAUUGGGAAGAAAGAGAAACCACCCUUCUUACCAGAGGAACCAUCACCACCUUCAGAAAAAGGUGAUCCUAUCCCAGAGGAGCUCUUGUGCCUCAUAUGCAAAUACAUCAUGAUUGAUGCAGUGUUCAUCCCUUGCUGUGGAAACAGUUACUGUGAUGAAUGUAUAAGAACAGCACUCCUGGAGUCAGGUGAACAUACAUGCCUAACAUGUCAGCAAAACGAUGUUUCUCCUGAUGCUUUAGUUGCCAACAAGUUUUUAAGACAGGCUGUUAAUAACUUUCAAAAUGGAACUAGCAAAACACGCGUUUCCUAA